CGCGCAUUCUGAUAGGCUGCAGCAGGCCGGGAAGCAAGCGAAGGACGGACUGCAAAGGGAACAGGAAGGAAGAUGGCGUUUCAGGAGAUUGCUGGCUUUCUCUUGUUGCUGGGCCUGGGGCUGGCGAUUGCCCAGACCGGGCAGGUGCCCCUGCUGGCUUGGUCUAGUCACAGAUCCUUAUGGCCCCCCUCUGCAGCCCUGCAUGAAGGGCAUGUGGUGACAGAAACCCAGCUUGCUGCUUUAUUGGACUCUGCACUAGACAAUGGACCUCACAAUGUGCUCCUCUUCCUUCAGGAGAAACUCAGUGUCGAGGAUUUCACAGCCUAUGGUGGGGUGUUUGGAAACAAGCCAGAUAGCGCCUUCCCCAACCUGGAGAAUGCACUAGCUGCAGCUCCCUCCUCCUUGGUGCUUCCUUCUGUGGACUGGUUUGCAGCUAGUGCUGUCCCUGCCUUCUUGAAGGCCAAACUGGGCAUUGCACCUCUUCAUGUGGAUCAGAACACCCUGCAGGAGCUGCGGCUCAAUGCUAGCCUACCUGCGCUGCUGUUGGUACGACUACCAUAUUCCAUUGGUUCUAGCCUCAUGGACCCAAAGGAAGUUCUAAUCAGCAAUGAUGAAAUCCUGGGACAAGUUCUGAGUGCUCUUCAGUCAGAGGACAUCCCCUACAUAGCUGUACUGACUGCUCUGCGGCCCUCACGGGUUGUCCGGGAUGUCUCUGAUGUGGCCCCUGAGAGGCUGGGACGGCAGCUGCUGCAGAAGGAGACUCCACCACUUGCCUUUCCUUCAAAGGCUGCUCCACAGAUCCUCUUCUGGGCCAGCAAUUUCUCAGUGGCUUUUAAUGGCACAUGGCAUGACCUUACUAAUCUCACAUUUGGGAGUGGCGCCAGCGUCAUUGUGGAUGGCUCCAAAGUGGAUUCCAAUGCUUCUAAAUUAGAACUGGCUUAUGGAAACGUUGGUGGCAGUUCCCUGAAAAUCACGUUCUACAUGACAAACAUUCGCUACCCAGUUUCUGCACGGAACUGGUUUUCCCUCCACACUGUGGAGCUGGUCAGGGGUAAGGACCCCCCUGUUUUCUUCAAUGCCACUCAGAUCACCGCACCCCACAUCUAUUCCUUUAGCUGCGCCUAUGUCAGCGACUAUCCAACUACAGGGGCCCUCUUGGUGUCCAGGGACAGUUCUGCCAAAGUGGGAAUGAAAAUCACAAAUUUUCAGAUCCAGAGCUUCAAUGUGACUGGUCUACGGUUCUCCUACGCCAGUGACUGUGUCGGCUUCUUCUCUCCUGGAAUCUGGAUGGGGUUGCUGACCUCCCUGCUUCUCGUUGCCAUUUUCACCUAUGGCCUCCACAUGGUCAUGAGCCUCAAAACCAUGGACCGUUUUGAUGACCCCAAGGGGCCUACCAUCUCUGUACCGCAAACGGAUUAAGGGCCAACUUGUGUGCUUCCUGCCCUGGGACCCUUCUUACUCUAAUUCUGGGCUUGCUCUGUCCAUUCCAAUUGUCCUUGCCUCUCCCCCAACUCCAGCACAAUGCACUAAACCUUGUGUUGUCCUUGUUCCUUCUAUUUCCCUCUUCCCAGUAGCUGCUUCCCUACUAACAUUCCCAGAUCACCACUAUGGAUGUGCACAGAACCGGUUCAGAGGCUUCCAAACCAGUUCGAACGACUGACAGUUCCGCUGGUUUGAAGGCAGGUGUGGUGGGGGGAUGACUUUAAGGGCAGGGUGGGUGCACUUACCCCUCCCGCCGCAUUCCCCCACCGGCGCUCCAUUGUAAACUGGUUUGCGGGGGCACCAGUGUACCACCCUGCCACCCUGUCAGACCGGAAGUAAGCAAACGUACCUGGCGCAUGUGCCUGAUGUGCGUAUGCGUGCCAGAUACUUCUGCUUGCUUCUGGUCCAAUAAGGGGAUGGGGCAGCAGGAAGUUACACUGCCGCCCUGCCAGACCAGUUUACAAUGGAGUACCUGCAGGGGAAGAGGUAAGUACACCCUCCCCCGCCUAUAAAGUCAUCCCCCUGUGCCAGUUCUGUGCACAUCCGUAAUCACUAUCACUUCCUCCCCCCCCCCACUUUCUAACUCCCUUGGCCCAAAAGUAUCCCCGGGGACAUAAUAUAAGCAAGAAGGGGAUGUAUAGUUUUUUCUACUGGAUGGAGACACACACAGAUCCUGCAGUGUUGAGGCUGUCUGCAUUGAACUUUUACUGAGGGCAAAUCUUUUCAGGGACAUGCUGCCACCUCCCCCUUCAAUUUCCAGUGGACAGAAGCAGUCCUGCUGUAUAAUGUGAUGUACAUUCUCUCCCAGUUUGUUGUGGUGUUAAAUUUCUCCCCUUACCUUGCCCUUCCCCCAAAUCCUUUGUUGUAGCCUUUCUCCAGUAUUUCAGAUGGUCAUUUCUCCCUCCUUCUCCUACCCCCCCCUUAUUUAUUUGUGAUUCUUGUGAUUAGUUCUGUUUACAGUGAUUCAGUAUUUGGGCCUCCAUGCUGCUCUUUAUCUGGGGUGGUUGGGGUUCCCUUCCUAUGACUCCUCACUGUUCCAACAACUUGAAGGACAUAAAUAAAAGUGAAACAGUUUAAUCUG